AUGUCUCGCCGUACGCCGCUGCGCGACUACGACGACGAAGAGGACUUUGAGUAUGAGCAUGAGCGGUACGCACGCCCACGUCGACGAGAGCGCGAAUUCGAAGAUGACAUGGAGUAUCGUCGCCGACGAUCUAUGCCCCCGGUCGAAGAAAUGGAGCACCUGCGAAUCCGAGAGCGCCCACCUCGCGAUUUUGUUCGAGAAGGCUUCACCCCACCGAGGGAACGCGGCCCGGUGGCUAUGAGAAGAUCGGCCGAUGAUGACUUUCGACCAGUGGAGCGUGAUGAACCAUACCCACCUUCGCGUAGACGCCACAGUUACCGGCCACGCGAGAUGGACGAUGAAAGAUACAUAGUCGAUGAGAGGGAGAGGCGGCGUGAGCGCCGCCCCCGUGAAUUUGAUGAAGAGCAGGUCAUACUGGAAGAAAGAGAGCGACGCCGCAUGCGUCGGCCCCGAGACAGAGAGGAGGAUCUUAUCGCCGAGGACAAAGGAAGGCGUCGUCGGCGUCGACCUUCAGAGGUAGGCGAUGAUGGAUUCAUUGUCGAGGAAAGAGAGCAACAUCGCGAGCGUCUGCCGCGUGUUGCCGAUGAAGAAGAACUGGUUAUCGAUGAAAGGGAGCGGCGUCGUGGUCCUCGUCCACGGGAGGUCGACGAAGAACUCAUAAUUGACGACAGGGAAAGACGCAGGGGUCCGCGCUACGAUGAGUUCGAUGAGCGUGAAACAAUAAUUGACGAAAAGGAAAAAAGACGUAUGCGCCGCCCUCGCACUCUUGAUGAGGAAGACCUAGUCAUCGAGGCGAAAGAAAAGCGCCGGAGUCGCUGUUCGCGAGGGGUUGAUGAAGAAGAGCUCAUCGUGGACGACAGAGAAAGGCGCCGUGGUCCUCGGCCUCGUGGCGUCGAAGAUGAAGAAUUUAUUAUAGCUGAAAGAGAAAGACGUGAAGGAAGGCGUCACCGGCCAGAUCGAGAUAUUGAAGAAGACCUGCUUGCGGAACGCAGAGAGCGGGAGACACCUCGAGGCUACGAGAGCGAGGACGAGUAUCGAUCGCGCGAGAAAAGAUUUGAACAUGACAGAGACGAGGAACGAUUGUCAACUCCAGAAUCACGCAGGAGACCUCGUCUGCGAGACCCGCAGUUAGUAGAAGAGAUUAUCAUUGACGACAGAAAACGUGAACGACCUUCACGCAGCGGGAGGCAUCGCCGAGAUCCCGGAUUCAACAAAGAGAUUAUCAUGCGGUGGAAGGACCGGCCAUCACCGCGCGAGCUGGACGAAGAGGAGCGUUUCCGCGAAACAGCGCGGCACAGACGCAGUCCACCAGAGCACGUACUGGCGCCAGAAGCACCAGAACCACCGGGGACCUUCCCCACCGGACCAGAAGAUGUCAUAUCCGAAGAAGACAUCAUGGUAGAGGCGAGCAAGAGGCGGUCACGAUCACGGCCUCGUCGAACACCAGAAAUCGUAGAGGAAGCCGACGAGAUCGAGGUUACCAAGAAUAAAAUAGUAUCUCCGCCUCGAGAGGUUUCUCCGGAGCCCUUACGUGCACCUCCUAUUCACGAGGAUGUGAUAACUCAUCAUCGACAUAUUAACCACGGUAGGCAAAGAGUCACUGUGCACGUCACGUUCGAGGCUGAAGCUGAACAAACGUCAGGCCAUGAAAAUCCUCGAUCAGUACGCGCACCAAGUCCGGAGAUCCCAUCGACAAGAACAAGCUUUGAUGAAGUCGAUGUCCACCAUCAAAGCGUUAAGGGCAGCCGGAGUUCCGAGGAUGAUCUGGUUUCCAAGCACCGCGAGGAAGAUGAGUCUGUUUCUCCAACUAGUGGGCCCUCUGUGGAGUUUUCAAAUCCAUGGGAUCACAAAGACACCUCUUCAAGACAAGGCUCACGUUCAGUUAUCGAUGAUACACGCGCCUCCAUGGCGUCAGAAAGUUUUCACACCCGUGGGCGACGGACUAUGCCCCGCGGAGUUGAAGUGGAUGACCUCGAGGAGGAAGUGGUCGAGGUUCACGAGAAGCGUAACACUCCCCGCUCAACUGCUGGCCUUUCCAAGAACAUCACAGACGAAAUUUCUCUAGCCGACACCCCAUCAAAGGCCGACUCGGCGGAGAUGAGCGGAGCAUUGAGUGUUAUUGAGGUGGCUCCAAAAUAUGCCGUGGAGGAGGAACUUGAACGAGACAUAAAGAUCGGUCAGCAGGUGGAGAAACAACAUCGCGAUGAGCGAUGGACAGAAAUAACUAAGGAACUGGUUGUCCGAGAAGCCAUUGAGCGGCUCGGAUACGAGUUCGAAGAGACAAGGAUGUAUUAUUACGUUUUCUCCUUCCUUGAACAGGUAUAA